CCUGUCACUUUGUGGUGUUGCAGAAUUGUUUACUUCCAGCAGAGGGCAGCAGAGAGUGCGCAUGCGUGCUUUUCCUGCGGUGGUCUGAUUGAAUAGCGCAUGUCAGUAAUACCACACACACACACACACACACCGUGCAAAGGGGUUCAGUGUGUCGAGAGGAAGGGGCUGCGAGGGCGUGAGAUCUAAAACGAAGGACUGGAUUGUGUGUCUUUAAUGUCCUCGGGUUCCCCGGCGCCUCAAACGAAGCCAGCGCAUUCCGCAGAGAAAGGCAUUUAGAAAAGGGGAACUCAUCUUCCUGCACGACAUGUUUUCAGUAAUAAGCUGUGCUGUCUGUAAGCUGUUCGGAGUCAACGCUAGACCAACCCCUAAGAGCUUUUGACUUUUUGACAGAAGCAGACAUCUGUAUGAAGUCGGGCCUGUAGUGGGAACUGUAAUUUUCAGACUCCCUGUUGAAGAACAGCAUGACGCAGCGGUGGCCGCAGUAAGGGUGAGUGAAAGUAGCGCCAUGGGAUCACAAGCAGAGGAAGCGCGGCGCUUCCUGGACUCGUUUAUCAAGGAGUUCCCGACCCCGCUGGGACCCGAGGACCCCCUGCCCCUGAGGCCCCUGAGCAGCGCUGUGAGCCGGGAGGAGGUGCAGGGGGAGAGCCUGGAGCUGGGGCUGAGGUUACUGCAGGACAGAAACGCUCCCCAGCUCCUCAGCGUGGCCCUGACCAGAGCUGCUGUGAGCGAGAUCCUGCAGUCCGACCUCUCCGCUUUUCACAAGAAGCAGGACUCGGAGGAGGAAGCUGUCUUGCUGGAGUCCGAUCCCCUGCAGCGGUUCUUCAUCAACAGGCUGCGGGAGCUGUGCUGUGCCUGGCUGGAGGAGCCGCCCCCCCAGCUGCCUGGAACGCGACGCUUCUUGCAGACCUCGGCCCAUGCCAUCAGAAACACGCGGAGGAAGAUGGAGGACCGGCACGUCGCCAUUGCAGAGUUCAACCAGCUCUGUGGAUUAGAGGACCAGACGGAGCGAGGGUACUUCGCUGUGUUUGACGGUCACGGAGGCGUGGACGCAGCGGUGUACGCAGCAACGCACCUCCACAUCAACCUUGCCCAGCAGGGGGAGCUCCUGAGCAGCCCCGGAGAGGCCCUGAAGAAAUCCUUCAGGCAGACGGACGACAUGUUUCUGCAGAAAGCAAAGAGAGAGCGGCUGCGCAGUGGCAGUACAGGAGUGGCCGCUCUGCUCUGCGGGGACUGGCUGCACGUCGCCUGGCUCGGAGACUCGCAGGUCAUGCUGGUGAGACAGGGGCAGGUCGUUUCCCUGAUGGAGCCCCACAAGCCAGAGCGUGAGGACGAGAAGGAGCGGAUUGAGGCUCUGGGGGGCUGCGUCGCAUUCAUGGGGUGCUGGAGAGUGAACGGCACCAUCGCGGUCUCGAGAGCAAUCGGAGACAUUGACCAGAAGCCCUACAUCUCGGGCGAUGCCGACGGCGCCUCCUUCCAGCUCCACGGCUCCGAGGAUUACCUGCUCCUGGCCUGCGACGGCUUCUUCGACACCGUGAGGCCCCUGGAGGCAGUGGGGACGGUUCUGGAGCACCUGCGGGAGAGCCGGGGGGAGGGCAGCGGGGUGGCAGAGAGGCUCGUCUCCCAGGCCAAGAGCAACGGCUCCAGCGACAACAUCACAGUCCUGGUGGUGUUUUUGAAGGAGCCCGGGACGCUGCUGAGCGAGGCAGGAGAGAGCCCAGCCCCUUCGUAGGCUGUACCCCCACCGCCCCUCUCAAUGAGACCCUGAAACUGAGGCUGCUGGCCAGGGAUCUCCAGUCACAGGGACCUGUUUGUUUCAGGGGGGUUUCUCAGAUUUUGCGUAACUGACGUCAGAACAGAAAUUAGCACUCACCCACUAUUUAUUUUACCCGUGGCAUUGCACAAGACGUAGUGCUUUACAAGGACUGCUCCCUUGUUACAGAUUUCUAAAGAAUGCAUAUUGCAGUGCUCAGGGUCUGGAUGUGUUGUGUGUGUUUUACAAGGAUUUUUUUUUUUUUUUUUUUAAAAGCUUUCUUUGAGACAUUAUGAUUUUAAAGAGUUCUGUCGCUGUCUGUUACUUAUUAACUACUAACAGUUACAGUCUCAAAAGCUUUGAGUGCACAGGAACGUUUCAUAUGAGAAAAGUGGUACAGUAGGACAAGCUGUGAGCUAGACUAGCUUCAGGCUACACUGAUAUAGAUUGGCUUCAGGCUGUAGAGACAGUAAAUACAAUUCCAAACCGCUAACAGUAUUCGGAAACAGACUUCUCUCUUUCCAGCUUCCACAGUCUCAGGGAGGGAUGGGCAUCAAUAAACAGUGUUAUGUAAGAUGGAUAAGCUUGCCUGAAGGGAACCCAGUGCAGUACUGACACUUGGUUAGACCUCUGGAUUCUACAAGACCUAUUGCUGCGCUUCCAUUAACUUGUGGCUCUCUGCACCUGAACCCAAAGACACAGACUUUGCUGUGAGCGGCUCGCAGGUUUUGCGGUUUCAGGUGUAGGAGUGAACACAGAAUUGAAAGCUCUUUUAUGAUUUGCAAUAAGAAUCAUAAAUUUAAAAAGGUAGGUAGUGGUUAAUUCUUUCUGGAAGUCGGGAACGAGAUUUGAGAAUCAAAGCAGAGAGGCUCUAGGAAAAUCCUGGCUGCUGGCGGAAUAAUUAAUAACUCGUUGUAACUUGAUCACUGCCCUCUUACUGCAGUUUCAUUCUUGAAAUUGUUCGCCUCGGGUUUUGGUCCUGAAUUCCAGCAGUAUCGACAUUCGAGAGGUGAAUUAUCUGAUUCGAAUGAUGCUUUUAGCUCUUCAUUGCAAAGAGUUAGCUGUUCAGAGCGGUGGGGUUCAGCUCCACCCUUGUUUGGAUUAUCAUAUAUAUAUAUAUAUAUAUAUAUAUACAGUGCCUUGCGAAAGUAUUCGGCCCCCUUGAACUUUGCGACCUUUUGCCACAUUUCAGGCUUCAAACAUAAAGAUAUGAAACUGUAAUUUUUUGUGAAGAAUCAACAACAAGUGGGACACAAUCAUGAAGUGGAACGAAAUUUAUUGGAUAUUUCAAACUUUUUUAACAAAUAAAAAACUGAAAAAUUGGGCGUGCAAAAUUAUUCAGCCCCUUUACUUUCAGUGCAGCAAACUCUCUCCAGAAGUUCAGUGAGGAUCUCUGAAUGAUCCAAUGUUGACCUAAAUGACUAAUGAUGAUAAGUAGAAUCCACCUGUGUGUAAUCAAGUCUCCGUAUAAAUGCACCUGCACUGUGAUAGUCUCAGAGGUCCGUUUAAAGCGCAGAGAGCAUCAUGAAGAACAAGGAACACACCAGGCAGGUCCGAGAUACUGUUGUGGAGAAGUUUAAAGCCGGAUUUGGAUACAGAAAGAUUUCCCAAGCUUUAAACAUCCCAAGGAGCACUGUGCAAGCGAUAAUAUUGAAAUGGAAGGAGUAUCAGACCACUGCAAAUCUACCAAGACCUGGCCGUCCCUCUAAACUUUCAGCUCAUACAAGGAGAAGACUGAUCAGAGAUGCAGCCAAGAGGCCCAUGAUCACUCUGGAUGAACUGCAGAGAUCUACAGCUGAGGUGGGAGACUCUGUCCAUAGGACAACAAUUAGUCGUAUACUGCACAAAUCUGGCCUUUAUGGAAGAGUGGCAAGAAGAAAGCCAUUUCUUAAAGAUAUCCAUAAAAAGUGUCGUUUACAGUUUGCCACAAGCCACCUGGGAGACACACCAAACAUGUGGAAGAAGGUGCUCUGGUCAGAUGAAACCAAAAUCGAACUUUUUGGCAACAAUGCAAAACGUUAUGUUUGGCGUAAAAGCAACACAGCUCAUCACCCUGAACACACCAUCCCCACUGUCAAACAUGGUGGUGGCAGCAUCAUGGUUUGGGCCUGCUUUUCUUCAGCAGGGACAGGGAAGAUGGUUAAAAUUGAUGGGAAGAUGGAUGGAGCCAAAUACAGGACCAUUCUGGAAGAAAACCUGAUGGAGUCUGCAAAAGACCUGAGACUGGGACGGAGAUUUGUCUUCCAACAAGACAAUGAUCCAAAACAUAAAGCAAAAUCUACAAUGGAAUGGUUCACAAAUAAACAUAUCCAGGUGUUAGAAUGGCCAAGUCAAAGUCCAGACCUGAAUCCAAUCGAGAAUCUGUGGAAAGAACUGAAAAUUGCUGUUCACAAAUGCUCUCCAUCCAACCUCACUGAGCUCGAGCUGUUUUGCAAGGAGGAAUGGGCAAAAAUUUCAGUCUCUCGAUGUGCAAAACUGAUAGAGACAUACCCCAAGCGACUUACAGCUGUAAUCGCAGCAAAAGGUGGCGCUACAAAGUAUUAACUUAAGGGGGCUGAAUAAUUUUGCACGCCCAAUUUUUCAGUUUUUUAUUUGUUAAAAAAGUUUGAAAUAUCCAAUAAAUUUCGUUCCACUUCAUGAUUGUGUCCCACUUGUUGUUGAUUCUUCACAAAAAAUUACAGUUUCAUAUCUUUAUGUUUGAAGCCUGAAAUGUGGCAAAAGGUCGCAAAGUUCAAGGGGGCCGAAUACUUUCGCAAGGCACUGUAUAUAAUGUAUGUGUGUAAUUCUUUAUAAUAAUGCUUGCUUAACCUUUUUACAUGAUAUGUUUUUUUUAUUAUUAUAUAUUGCCUUCUAUCAAAAAUGCAACAAAAUGUGUUUUAUCAAGCCUAUAUCAGUAACAUACUUUUUAUUUUUUAUAUCUAUAUUUAAAGGGUAGUAUAUAAUUUAAUUUUAUUUUAACCUAUCUACCUAUGUAUCUCUAUCUAUCUAUGUAUCUAUGUAUAUAUACAGUAUAUACACACACAUCUAUAUAUAACAUUGUCAAGUAUCGACUGAUUUGUGUUACAAUCCAUUUAAAUAGAGGUUUCCUUUCAGUGCCUUAAACAUAAAGUAAUUGUGUUCAUGUUACAUGUGUUCUGUGUAUUCAGUACGUACUGCUUGUGUCGGGUAAGACUCUAGUGCACAAUGGAAACUAGAAUGAUGAACUGGUUCUGUGUUUAAAUGUUUUUAAUUGUAUUGAAGUAUAUUUUGUAACAUUGUAUUUAUACACCCUUUAGUAUUAGUUAUCAAUGUAAAGACGUGGUUUGGCAGAGUACUGUUUGUAGGAUGCAGUCCUCUCCCUAGAGACAAACGUGAUAAUAUCACAUGUCUGAUUCUGACAUGCUUGGAUUAACUUUUAAAAUGUUUUUAUUUUGUACUUCCAGUUUAGUAUCUGAAAGAUACAGGAAACGUUUUAACAUUUUUACAUUUCUAACUAAAAAAAAAAAACUAAACAAAAAACUGCCAAGUUGCAGCAGCCUGCCUUGCCUAUACCAGUGAAAGUGUUGCUUGUGAAUGCUCUAUUAAAGGGUUCUUUACACAG